UUUUAGGGGUGUUGGAUGUCGCUUUUUCACAUUGUUGUCGUUUCUAUGUUUUACUUCGACUGCUUUUUAGCACCGGAAGGAAGUGCGGUUCCAGCAACAUAUUCCACAGCCUCCACGGUUCGACAGAUUCCUGCUGAUCGUUCGUGUGAUUUCUGAUCGCAAUCACUCUUUGAGCUUCCAUAACUCCCGAAUCCAUUUUACACAAAUCAAAACAAAAAAUAAAAUAAAAUAAUUAUGGAGGAAGAAGCGAAAACGAAGCCCAGAACUGCAGGGCCUUACUUGUGCUGCGUCUGUAACCAGCGAAGAGCCGCCCUCAAGCGACCCAAAACCCUAGAGCAGGUUUGUAGGGAGUGUUUCUAUGAGGUUUUUGAGGAGGAGAUUCAUCGAGUUAUUGUUGAGAACCAGUUGUUUAAGCCCGGCGAACGCAUAGCAAUCGGCGCCUCCGGUGGUAAAGAUUCCACUGUCCUUGCUUAUGUAUUAUCAACGUUGAAUAGGCGGCACCAUUAUGGUCUAGAUCUCUUCCUCUUGUCUGUUGAUGAGGGCAUUACUGGGUACAGGGAUGAUUCUCUCGAAACUGUCAAAAGAAAUGAAAUACAGUAUGGGUUGCCAUUAAAAGUUGUCUCAUACAAAGAUUUGUACGGAUGGACUAUGGAUGAAAUAGUGAAGAUGAUUGGUCUAAAAAAUAAUUGCACUUUUUGUGGUGUUUUCCGCCGUCAGGCCCUUGAUCGCGGUGCAGCUAUGCUGAAAGUGGAUAAGGUUGCUACUGGACAUAAUGCGGACGAUAUUGCCGAAACUGUUUUAUUGAACAUAUUACGAGGUGAUAUUGCUAGGCUAGGUAGAUGUACUGCAAUAACUACUGGUGAGGAUGGACCAAUUCCUCGAUGCAAACCUUUUAAGUAUACUUAUGAGAAAGAGAUUGUUAUGUAUGCCUAUUUCAAGCGGCUGGACUACUUCUCCACUGAAUGUAUCUAUUCUCCAAAUGCGUACCGAGGGUUUGCUCGGGAGUUCAUCAAAGACUUGGAAAGAAUAAGACCUAGGGCCAUAUUAGACAUCAUUAAAUCAGGAGAGGAUUUCAGGAUUUCCACUUCUACAAAAAUGCCUGAGCAGGGGACAUGUGAACGUUGUGGUUACAUUUCAAGCCAGAAAUGGUGCAAAGCCUGUGUUUUGCUUGAGGGGUUGAAUCGAGGGUUACCAAAGCUGGGGAUUGGGCGGACUCGAGGCCUAAAUAAUGAUCGUAAGGACGCAAAAGGGAAUAAUGCAGCGAAAAGUAUUGAGAGCAAACAAUGUGGAACUUUGGACUUCUGAUUGAUGUAUCAUGAAGGCCUUGGUUUUGCCUUUGUAGACAGAAGGUAGUGAAAACCAGAGAUUGUCUCAGAAAUUUUACGAACUGCAGUGUAGCAUAUUAUGGUUCUCUUCUUAAAAUACCAAAACUAGGACUUGUGUGCAGUCCAUUCUGCAGCAAUUUUGUAUACGAGUUGAGGUAAGAAGUAAAAACGAAUUCUAUAUUUUUUUUUAAAAAUUUAAUUUUGGU